AUGUCAGGUACGAGGGACUAUGAGGCUUUGGAUGUGUUCGUGAAUGACUUGGAUCGUGCAGUGAACAAUCCGGCCGGAAACACUCGCACCAAAUCGUCGCUGAACGAAGUGGAGACGGGAAAAAGAACUGGUUUGUCCAAAAUUUCCUUCUCGCCAUCCUACAACGAUGCACUCAAUCUAUGCUCCACCAAUCGGGCAGACGCGUGGAUCACGCGUGACCCCGGGUCUCAAACCAAAUCCGGAUCAGGUGCGUGA